AUGUAUCUUGCUUGUGAGAGGAGUGGCCAAUAUAGAGCGACAAAGAAGUUAAAACAUGAUGGCAACAAUACAUCAAGAAUAACCGGUAUGAAGAAGUGUGGUUGUCCUUUUGAUAUGAGGGCUCACAGGUUUACCACACAUGAUGAAUGGACAUUGACCGUAGUAUGCGGAUUGCAUAACCAUCCACCUGCGGAGCACCUUGAGGGACAUUCAUAUGUGGGGAGGCUAUCAAAGGAUGAGAAAGCAUUGUUAAUGGAUAUGUCAAAGAGCAUGGUUCGGCCAAAAGAAAUCCUAGUAACCUUGAAACAGCGAGAUGCCCUCAAUGUAAGCACACUUAAAACCAUUUACAAUGUACGCCAUCGAAAAAAGGUGGUACAGAGAGCUGGAAGAUCACAGAUGCAACACUUAUUUGGUGAAUUGGCCAAGUAUGAUUACAUUGAGUGCCAUCGGUCUGAAGAGUCCACGAUGACUGUGACAGACUUGUUUUGGGCACAUCCUACCAGUUUGGACUUAUUUCGAUAUUUCCCACCUUUCGCAUACUUACAGUAUGAGAGGGUCGAUAACUAUGUGUGGGUGUUAGCUACAUUGCGUGAUGUCAUGGAUGGUUUUGUUAUGCCAACAAUUAUUGUUACUGACAGAGAGCUAGCCUUGAUGAAUGCCAUACAGAAGAUAUUCCCGAGUGGCAGGCAUUUAUUAUGUCGUUGGCAUAUCAGUAAGAAUGUAUUGACCAAAUGCAAGAAAAUGUUUGAGACACAGCAGAAAUGGGAGAAGUUCAAGCAUGAGUGGAACUCUUUAGUGUAUUCAUCUUCUGAAAUUCAAUACGAUGAGCGUCUUAAAUCACUACUUAAGGAAUUCAGUAGUUAUCCUGAUGCAGUCAAAUACGUCAUGGAUACUUGGGCUGAGAGUGCACAUAUAAAACUUAAAAGACAAUUGGGUUCAUGUCAAGUCUCAUUUCAGGCAUCAUUUGAGAAAAUACACAGUCUGCUUGAGUUGCAACACACUGAUAUCAAGGCUUCAUUUGAGAAAAGUCUAACUAUUGUGCAACAUCAAUUUAAACCUUCUCAAUUCAGUGAGCAACGGGGUAAUGUGUCUAUCUCUGCAUUGGAGUAUUUGCUUGUAGAGAGUAAGAGAGCCAAUUCCAUUGGUAUUGAUAUUGAAGCUUAUGGAUGCAUCCUUCGCCACACUCAUGGUUUACCUUGUGCGCAUAAGAUUGCUGACUACAUCAGACAAGAUCGUCCUAUACCACUUGCUACCAUACACUCACAAUGGAGGCAACUUCAUAACUUCAUAUGCAAGAAAGAAGAGGAAACGGAGGUGAGUUGUCAUGCAGAAGUAGAGUUGUUUGUGAACAAGUUUAAUGAAAGUGAUAGAACCAUGCAGUUGGAGCUUUUGAAGAAGUUGAAAAAGAUUGUAUAUCCAGGAAACACUUUUCUUGUUGAGCCGGUGGUGAAGCCCAAAACACGUCCUCGGGAUCAUAAGAAGAUCAAUGUUUCUACCCGUUGUGACCCGUGUUCAUUUGAGUUGUCUACUGACCCCCAUGGCCAUGCAAGGAUCUUUGAAGAGUGA